CAAUCCAGGAUGGCUUGAUUUUAACUCUAGUUUUAUUUGAUUUUAGUUGUUAAAAUAAAUCAAAUUACCCACACAAACAGACUAUUCACUGAUUGAUAACAUGUGUUCUUUUAUAAAGACUCUAUAACUACAUCUCAGUUUUAUCAGGCACCAAUAAACACAAGUUGUUUCAGCGUGAAGGAACUGCAUGUUCGUCUGCUCAAGUUUUGUUGUGCAUCUGAAACCAAAACCACAUCAAGGCUGACAUUGUUUCGUGAGCUCAUGACGAUAUGUUCCUGCAGCAACAGAAAACACAAAGCAUUACUUUUGUGACUUCUACAUUUCAGUGAGACUUUUUAAACACCUUUUUGGUUAUCUGCAUCUUUUCCUGCCAAGGAAGCCGUUUGCAGCGACAACAGAUGAGGGCUCUUCUUCGUGCUCUCUUCUUUUCUGACUGAAGGGAUCAUCUGUCGUAAUGCAUUCAUGUUUGCCUUGAUAUAACUCCUACUCUAUAAACUGUUGUUUUCAGUAUUUGCUAAAAUGGAACAAACUUUUGCUGAACUUCUUAGUGAUGCAUUUUCAGAAACAUCUGUUCCGUUGUUCCCUGAUGGAGAUUUGGACUUUGAAAAUUUAAAUUUUGAUGAAAAACUUGAGGAGGACGAAACAGGCAUUGCUCAUGAAAACAUACCAACAGAGGACAACGAGGCUCUGCACCAGGAAGCAGCCAACCAUACUGCAGAUAUAUACACGGCUGAAAAUGCUGAUGAAAAGGAGCCUGAUGAGGAGAAUUUUCAAGGUGUUGGGGUCACGAGUGUGGGCCAAAUACAGGAGGAGGAUUACACAAGCUCAGAUGGAGAUUCUGAACAGGAAGGUAUUGUCUCUGGAGAAGAUGAAGAGGAUGGGGAAGAGGAUAUGGGAACAGGAGGGGGGCCAGGGGAGUUGUCGGUCUGCAGCAGUAAUAAAGAGGACAGGAUCUUUGCUGAGGGACAACCUCUGGCCCCAGAGGGUGUCGAAAACCCUCAAGUUAGAAAUGAGGACCAAGGUGACAGUAAGAGCGAUGAGGAGGUGUCCUAUUUUGAGAAAGUCCCUGAACGUGGCAGUGGGAUGAUGAUAAAAGGCAUUGGGAUGGAAGACGAAGAGCAAGAGAGGGAAAAAGAAAAGCGCGAGGACUUGUCUGAUUCUGAGUGUGAGAGCAUGAAAAUCAAAGAAGAAGAAAAUGUUCUCACUUUGUGCUUUGAGCAGGAGGUUGAAAAUCCUAGCAGGGAUGGUCCAGCAAAAGUCAGUUUGGAGUUUCCAGAAAUAUCAGUACAAAAGCUGCAGGAUCUUAUUGCAGAAGUUGACAGUAAGGAGUAUGUAGAGAAAAUGGAGGAUUUCUCAGGGGAAGAGCACCAGGAGGCAGGUGAGAGCUUUGCAGAUUAUCCUUCUGACUUUUCUUCAUGCGAAUACACAGAAGAUGGAGUAACAAAUAAAGAAAAGGAUCACCAAUACAUUGCAAAGCAGGACACCUGCCUGGAAAGAGAUGUGAUGGAUAUAAGGUGGAGCAGAAAUGCUGAGGACACUGACAAGGAGGGAGACGAGUAUCUGUACAGCAUAGAUUUAGAGGUAGAUGCCGAUAAGUUCAGGGGCCUGGAGGCAGUGAAUGGAGAGAGGGAAAGAGAGCUUGUUGAACACAUGUUGACCGACGCAGCUAGGAUGGGGUGUGAUGAUGGAGGUGAGACAAGCGACAGUGAUUCAUGCAGCUCCAGUGAUGAUGAUGAUGAUGAUGAGGCCCAAGUAAAGAGGAACAACGAAUACCUUGAAUACCCGUGUCUGCGAGAUCUUGAAAACAACAAGCAACCGGAGGAGCUUCACAGCGAGAGCAGUGCAGGGUUUGUCAUGUGGAGCACAUUUGAUGACUACAACAGAGUGGAUCUAGCAGAUUUCAACACGAACAUGUCAACAACUGAUGCCCCACUGUCUGAAGACCUGUUAACCGCAGAGGACACAGACAAAGAGGAAACACUGUUUUCAGAUGUGACUCGGAGUCCUGCAGAAGGCGUAAACACCUACUCGAUAGUGCAGAGAGGGGAUGCAGAAACCAAAAGCCCUUCUAACCAGGGAUCCCUGGAUGAUAGCUUCUUCUUUAACACUGAACCUGAAGCUGAGACUGAGCUGGGACAGUUGGAAGAUGACGAUUACGAAGAGGAGAGGAACUGGGAGCAAGAGCAGGAGAGAAUCAAGGCUUUCUAUGAGUUUUAUGACGACAGCGACAUCGAGGAUGGAAGAGAGGGACGGCGGACAAAAGUUCAGUUUUGUAUGGAUCCAUUGUCUCAAGUCAUUCACUAUGAAACUGACAGCAGUGACAGAGAGUCACUCAGCAGCUCCACAGAGGGGGAGGAGGACCAGAGCUCGGCAGAGACAUCUGAGGAAUUAAGAGAGCCUGAUGACAGCAAGGACAUGAGACCUGCUUGUGAUCCCCCAGAUCCCCCUCAAAUACCACAGAAUCUGCCAGAUCUGAACAACACACAAACCUGUACCAGGAAAAACAAAUGUCUCAACAUCCUGAAGGUGACGCUGAAGAUGUGUGUGGUGAUUGUAAUGGGACUGCUGAUGUUCUGGGUGGCCACAGAUCAAGCAGGCUGGCUCAGCCAAGAGUAGUUAUUUUAGGGCAAAACCUAACAUAAAAACUUGUUUUCACAUGCUUAAAUAUGACAAUAGAAAAAUGACAUCACUGUUUUGUAAAAAUGUGAUGCAACGUGCCCCAGACCUCCAAACUUUUAUUCUGUUAUCUGUAACAUGCAGUGUUGUGCUUAAUAAAGACCUAUCUUUGUUUAA